AUGUCAGCAACAAAUCAGAAGUUGAGGCACGAAUUCAAUAAAAUUUGGGAUAAUCUGAUUAAUAAUUUAUGCAUUGGAAAAAAAUUCAUGCUGGAUCUGAUUGAACAAGCGAGUAUAGCAUAUGAUCAAAGAGAGGAAUGGGUAUCCAAAUUGCAGUUUUUGCGAACAAAAGCUCACAAUGAUUUGAUAGCGCAUAUACAGGAAAUGAGGGUAUUGCAAAGAAAAAGGGACAAUGAUGAGAAACUACAAGAUUUUUUUGCCACAAAAGGUCAGAAGAGGAUAAUGAGAGAUUUAGAAGCCAAAGAGAUGAAGAAGCGGGAACUGAAUAAGGAUAAUAUGGAGAAGCGAUUGGAAAGAUAUCUCCAGAUAUUGAUCUCUAUAAAGGAAUUCACUGGGGAAGAGAGAGUUCAAGCUAUUGCUAAAAAUUUCUUGAACCAAGAGGAGGAAAACUUUGCUAUGUUCAAGUACAUCAAUCAUCUCAAUAAAGAGAUGGAACAACUGAGCGAUAAUUUGGGAACAUUACAUCAAAAAAUUGAUGAACAGAAAACUCUGCAUGAAAUGAGGCGAGUUCAGCAGGAAGCUAAAUUGAAUGAUUUAUUGGAUCAAUUCAACGAAGCGAAGACAACUGCUAACUCUAAAGUGGACGAACUCAGAAAGGUUGAUCAAAAACUGAAAACUAUAAUGGUUGGAAUAGGAAAUCUUUUCAAGAUGUUCAAAUGUAAAAACGACCCACUGAUGAAACUUCUAGGUACUAAUGAAACAAUAAACAACUGUAAUGUGAUCCUUUACUUAGAGAUUUUGGAGAAGAAUAUCCAAGAAGCUCUUGUUAGUGUUUACUACAAAGAGAAACAUUUGUGUAACUUCAUCAUUCCAUCAGGUGGAGAAGAAGAAACUGAGGAUCGAUCAGAUGACCAUCAUGGAAUUGAAGACAGGUCCAGUGAUUCAACCAAUAGAGAGAAUAGUUACUACUAA